UCCUACACUAGAGAUUCAUACAAUCUGAGAUGACUAGUUCCAUAGAAGUAGGAGGCAAUAAGCCUCAUGCUGUAUGUACUCCGCUUCCACUUCCAAGCCAUGUAAAGGCGAUGCUUAAACUUGCAAAGCUCCUCCACCACAAAGGCUUUCACAUAACCUUUAUCAACACUGAGUACAACCAUAAGCGCUUUCUCAAGUCUCUCGGCCCGAACUCCCUUGAUGGAUUGCCUGACUUUCGGUACGAAACAAUCCCAGAUGGCCUUUCAGAUAUCGAUACCCGCCAAGACCUCCCUUUGCUUCUGGAGUCCAUCGUAAAGAACUUCUUGGCUCCAUUCCGUAACCUCCUCAAGACACUGAAGGACAAUAAUCCUCCAGUGACUUGUAUGGUUUCAGAUGGUUUUUUGCCAUCCACCAUCACAGCUGCUCACGAGAUUGGAGUUCCUAUCGUAAUCUUCUUUACUUUCGCUGCAGCCGGCUUCCUGGGCUCUAAACAAUAUCCUGUUUUGGUGGAAAAGGGACUUGCACCUUUAAAAGAUGAGAGCAGCUUGACAAAUGGAUUUUUGGACAUGGCAAUAGAUUGGGUUCCGGGAAUGAAGGGUAUCCGGUUGAGGGAUCUCCCAACUUGCUUUCGAACUACAGAUCCGAAUGACACUGUGUUUAAAUUUUCCUUGGCAGCAGUGGAAGGAGUUCAUGAUGCUUCAGCUGUUGUUGUUCAUACGUUUGAUGCAUUGGAGCCAGAUGCUUUGAGUGCUUUGUCAUCUAUGCCUCCACCUGUUUAUGCCAUUGGCCCUCUCCAGUUGCUUCUGGAUCAACUACCAAAAGAUCCCUUGAAGUCUAUGGGGUAUAGUCUAUGGAAAGAAGAAACCGAAUGCCUCGAAUGGUUAAACACCAAGGCGCAAAAUUCAGUUGUUUAUGUGACUUUUGGCAGCUUAAUAUUCCUCACGCCACAACAGAUUUUGGAGUUUGGUUGGGGACUUGCAAAUAGUAAGCUUCCCUUCUUGUGGGCAAUUAGGCCUGAUUUGGUUCUUGGUGAAUCGGCAAUUUUGCCCCCUGAAUUUGAGUUUGAAACAAAAGAAAGAAGUCUUAUACCGAGUUGGUGCCCUCAAGAGCAAAUCUUAAACCAUCCGGCAGUUGGUGGGUUUUUGACACACAGCGGUUGGAAUUCAACCAUUGAGAGCUUGUGUGCAGGAGUGCCUAUGCUCUGUUGGCCCAUCUUUGCCGAGCAAACGACUAACUGUUACUAUACAUGCAACGAUUGGGGCUGCGGUUUGGAGAUUGAAAAUGAUGUCAAGAGAGAUGAUGUGGAGAAGCUUGUUAGAGAGUUAAUGGAGGGCGAGAAGGGUAAGGAAAUGAAAAAUAAAGCCAUGGAGUGGAAGAAACUUGCGGAAGAAGCUAGCAGUCCACAUGGUUCUUCGUCAAGAACUUUAGACAAUUUGGUGAAUCAAGUUUUAUUAAGAAAAAGCUAGAUCAUGUAUCCAUACAUGAUACAUAUCGUCAAAAAUGUAACAAAUUUGCAAUGGAGGGACGAGCGGUGGGCUCCCCGAGAGUCCUUCGCCUUCGGGAUUGAGAGUGUAUCUUUCAACUCGGUCCAUUACAUGUUGAAAUAUCAAAGUUGCAAGGCUUUUAUAUGAGGAAGCCACAAUAGUCAAAUGAAGUGGCUAAAGCCAAUAAUACUUUAGACCACAGGCUGCACAGCUGUAAUUCGAGCCGUGUAUAGGAUGAUUAGGGUUGGAAGGAAUAUCUUCAUGAUUUGUAUUGUUUAUGUAAUUUGGUGUGAAGUGCUUGCGUGUAAAAUAUUUAUUUUUUCUUGUUUCCUUGUCAAAAUUCCAG